CGUUGGUGGCAACGCGUCUCGACGCGUCUACUCGCCGCACGGAUGGCACGCACUCGAGUCGGUGGGAAGCGGAAAGGUCCCCGAGAUCCCACCAAAGAGGCUCACAUUCAAGCUGUCAUCCGUGAUACCUUGACAUGGCAGUUUUCGCAGUGCUGUGCAGAUAAUCCUCGAUUUUCAGCGCUAUAUGGUUCGAAACGACGCACCGGCAGGCCCGUUGCCAUUGCCAACCCAACUUCGAGUGAAAGCUCAACACCCUCAGCAAGUACUUCUCUCCCCACAGCAGCCAACAAUAUGUUCCACCCAGAUUUUUCCGCAAAUGCAAAGAUCUCUCCCCAUUCUGUAUCCAAACCACUCACAUCAUGUUGGCCCCGCUCCUGUCGAGGCUCGUAUCUACGUCAUCACAGCCAUUGCUGUCUGGACAUCCUAGUAGUCGCAGUUUAUAUUACUCUGACAACCCACAAUACAUAUUCAAUUAGAUUACUACAUACUAGCCACUCGUACACUCGUACAUAUCUUCCUAAUGUCUAAUCCACAGCGUGUC